AACGGGACGAGUGGGCCGCCAAGCUGUUACCUUGACAACUCGGCACACAGCUGGAGAAGCACUACAAAAGAGAGCCAUGAGAAGAGUAAUGAGCGUGCUAGUGUUUGUCCUGGCGGCCGCCUGCGUGCCUGCCCUCGGCGCCCCGGAGCCUCCUCCCGAGACCCAGACCCGGUCCCGCUUCGCUCCCCUGGACGACGUGCGUCUCCUGGCCAACGGCCUCCUCCAGCUGGGUCAGAGCAUGCGGGAGUUCGUGCAGAGGACGAAGACCCAGAUAAAUGACAUCUUCCGGAAACUCAACAUCUUCGACCGCUCCUUCUACCAGCUGUCGGCCAUGGCCACGGAAAUCAAGACGGAGGAGGAGGAGCUGAAAAAGACGGCGGUGGUGCUGAAGGCCAACAACGACGAGAUCAGGGGCAUCUCUGAUGAGAUCAACUCAAAGAUGGAGAAGCUUCUGCAGGGGAAGAGCCAACUCCAGAAAAAGGUGGAAGGCCUGGAGGAGAAGCUGAGCAGUCUGUCCCUGGGUGUGAUGAGCACGAUGCACGUGGCUGAGAUCAACAGCCUGAGGGAGGUGAUCCGCAGCCGGGAGCAGAGCAUCAUCCAGCUGCUGAACGCCUUCAGGGAGCAGAGUGAGCAGCUCAACUACCAGUCCCUGAAGAUCAGGACUCUGGAGGAAAAGCUCACCGCCAGCUUGCUAGCCCAGGAGACGUCUGAAAAGACACCUGAAAAGACCCCUGAAAAGACCCCUGAAAAGACCCCUGAAAAGACUCCAGACGACGCCAGCUCUGAAUGAAGAACACGGUGCAGACGAAGCAUAAGCAGCGCUUGCCAAUGACUUUUCACCUCGGACUUCUUUUUCAGUCACUUUGCCAGCAGCAAAGUAAUGUAUUUAUUUAUUUUUUUUACAGUCUCUUACAUAGGUUUCAUAUUUCAUCAUUAUAUUCCUGUAAAUCAGCAGAAGACGUUUCUAUGUGGAUCACCGUAUUUCAGUCAGUUGGCUCUGGCAUGAGACUGAUGCUUUGUUGAUGAUGAGACCCUUGAGUUGUGGCGUCUGAGCUCUGACCUAACCAGUCCAUCUUUAUUUGGCACAUUUAGAGAUACAAGGGGUGAUGAACAGCACUUAACCCCAGGUCCACACAACCGGAGCCUGCAGGUGGAUGCUGCGGAGCAGGAGGGGUUUUUAGGGUGCUUUUACACCCGUCCCGUUUGGAGCAGUUGUUCUGAAACAGGGAGCGUUUCCCCCUAAAGAUCGGUUAGUUUGGUAUAUGUGAACACAACAAUCUAUGUGGAAGCGUGAUUUGACAGGUUUUUUUUCUUCCGCCGAAGCGUCGUACACAUAAUAUUAUGUGGAAGCACAUUCUGACUUCCUGCUGCUAAAUCGUCUAUUUGCAUGAAAAAUCCUUUGAAAGAAAACAAACUGAGAUUAAAAAAAACGGGGAUCGUAGUAUGUUCUGCCGAGGUAGGACAUCUCGGCAGAACACCGGCUCGACACGUCUCAUUCAUCCUGACGCACAGCAGAAACAGGCUGCAGGAAGCCGCUGCGCAUGCUCAGCAGGCUCAUGUAUAUGCAAAUACAGUCAUGAACUACUUUGCAUUGCCCAUUUAUGGUAAAAAGUGGGCGUGUAGAGGGCGGGAUAUGAGGCGAAUUCACCUGCGCAACCUUCCAGCUGGACUGUGAUUUAUAAAGCGAACAUUGCGUGCAAGUGUGCGUGCACACGGUUUUAUAAAUCCUGAUUUUUUUUUUGCCAUUUUCGGCUUUUGGGUUUACGUGCACUUUUAGUAUGAAUCCUACACACUCUUUUAUAAAUGAGGCCCCUGGAGCGGUGCGUUUGGAGUGAGAACAUAAUCCACACAGCACACAGAAACACACAGAAACAAACUAGUCACACUCGCUUACGAUGCUCCAUAGUUGUUGUUUUUCGGAAGAGGAAACUCCUUCCGCGUUCAUUUCUGACCAAUGAGAGAACAGUUGAUUCUCAUGGCAUUUGUUAACAGCUUUGAACCGCUACAGACGGUUGCAUUGUGAACACAAACGGAAAACGAAACAACUGUAUCGAUUUAGCCCCUAAAUCGGAACAAAACACAGGUCUGAAAGCACCUUAGAGAGGCAGCAAGGUUAAUGUGUGAGGGGUGUUUAGCGGCAUCAGAGACAAACGCCUUUCGCUCUCCAUGAACGAGAUGGAGUAACUGGAACAAACGGCUCAGAGAGUGAAAGUGGGCUUAAACUCUGCUGGGGAUUACCUGCCUGAGCUCCACAGGGUUUGAAUCUACCGGAUGUGUCCAGUCAUAAAUAAUUAUAACUAAAUAGUUCUUUAAUAGCUGGCUGACACUACCACUGCAAGUUGAAGUAGAAACACAUCAGCUUUUACGAUGAAACUGCAUAACAUUAUUAAACAGAAUCAGUCUCAUCUAAGAUCUAAAGUCAGAUGGUUUUGUCUCAGUGUGAAUCUUCAUAAUUUAUAUCAAUUUCCUACCCCAGAUUCUCAGAACUUCAUUAUACAUCAUUAUUAGGGAUGGGAAUUGAUAAGAUUCCGAUCCCAUUUUCGAUUCUGUUUAAUGAUUCAAUUCUUUAUCGAUUCUCUUAUCAAUUCUCAUUUGGAAAAAAGGAAAACAAACAGGUCGAUUAGCAUCAACCUUGUUUUAUAUCUUUGAACAAAAAAAUACAAGUGAGAUCAGCAGAGAGGUCUUAAGAGGCCCCCGGCCUUGGGGUAGCGGUAGCCUGGAGCUAGUACUGCAGCCCCGGAGCCCGUCAGACUACGUCUCUCGUCAUGGUCGUCUAAAUGUAAUGCAUGGGAAGGGAUUAAUUUAACGUUAGUUAGUAAUAGCAGGUUUUACAAUAAGGCAAACAUGAUAGGCAGUGUUAGUUUGUUAGUUACCUGCAGUAUUAACAGCAGAGGACUGGCUAACGUUGUCGCUGCUGCGGCUGAGAAGAUUCACUCCAGACUCGGAACAGAUCAAACACGUGACAUUCUUUAAAAGUUAUUUCAUGCUGUGUAUGCAAAUGCUUUUGCAUGUUGCUAGUGUUUCCUCCCUUUCUUGAAAUGUCCACAUUGCAAGUAUUGCAAGUCGCCCUGUUCCGUUUUGGUAAAAUGUAACCAAACUUUCGAGCGUUUAUGCCACUUUGUCGCCAUGUUUGCCUGCUGGGCGCGAAUGACGUCACCACACACUUUGCGUAAUUACGCAACGUGUGUGGUGACGUAUUCGCCCCCACUGGAAUUGAUAGGGGAAUUGUUUGCAAAAAAGGCAAAAGAUUCCAAGGAAUUGAAACACUGGGAACCGGUUCUGAACAAGAACCGGUUCUCGAUUCCCAUCCCUAUUCCAUUUUUUAUUCAAUUCAAUUUUAUUUAUAAAGCGUCUAUUACAACAGAAGUUGUCUCUAGGUGGUUUCCAGAGACCCAGAAUAUGAACCCCGAGCAAUUAUACAUAUAUACAAUUUUACGCAACGAACAAUAUGUCUUAGCAUUCUUCCUUUUCUGAAUGGUUAUCAAGGUACAGAAGAAAAGUGCUCUUAUCCUUCUGGCAAACAUUAAGGUUUGCCAGAGUACAGGGUCAUCUUUUCUUUUUUCAUUCACUACACAUUCUUGGCUGGGGACGGAUCAGUCCAGCAUCCGUACCCUCCUCAUCAUCAAACCCUCUAAUGCGUGCAGAAAGUUGCUUUCCUUUUUGGUUGAAAGAAAAUGUCAUAUAGGAGGUAGCAUAUGCUGCCCUAAUAUACCUUUCUGCAUGAAUGCUGCAGGACAGAAGAGUAUCUCAGGUUUUGCAGUUAAAUCCCUUUGUUUCAUAUAUUUUUUUUUACUGAUAUUAAUGUAGAAGAAGCUAUUCUCCCUCUGAAAAUCAUCGUUUUCAAGCCUUUCAAAGACAUUUUUUCUUCUUUUUUGUGUUUGAAAAAACAUAUAUUACCAUAUCCAUUAACGUCUGUAACGAAAUAAAGGUAUUUGAGAAUCACAGUGAUUUAAUUUGUUUGUUUGUUUAUAUUUGCAUUUUCUAUAAGGUCCCAAUCAUUUGGAGUUGAAAAACUGUAAAGUAACCCGUCAGUUAAUCUCAUCCAGCGAAGGGAAAAAGGUUACAUUCAUUCUGAACAACUCUGAGAGGGGUAUGAAAAUGGACUAGGAGAUUUUGGAGGUGAGACGCUGUAAUCUCUGGGUCGUUAUUGUUGGAUAAAAUAAUUCAAAACCACACUGAAUAUGUAAACUGCAUGUGCUGAUUGGCUAAAUGUGUCUGUGUGUUGGAACUGAUGUGAGCGUAGUCUGACUUUUCACUGAAAGGACCAUUCUGUACCAGGCACGAGAUAAGGGGGGCCACCCCAGCAAUAAAAUUUGGGCCAUCCCCCCCUUUCUAGAAGCAAUAAAACUUUGGCUCAGACACAGAGCAGGCAGAUCUAGCAGGACGGCUGCGGAGUCUGUUGUUCUGCUGGUCUCCCUCUGCAGAGGACCUUUUUAAUUAUA